UACAUACAUACAUACAUCUAUAGUCUCUUGACCGGGGAAGUUGUGUCUGCCACCACAAUUAGCGUCGAUUGUGGCCAGUGGAGCCACAGCCAUAGCCAGAGCCCCAGCCAGAGUUGAUUGACAUUAGGGGCUUAGACUAGGACUAGGACUACGACCAGUGGGCCCAUGUCCGUGUCUGUCUGUGUUCGGCCUGGCCACUGGCACCCACGCAAGCCUCAUGUGAAUAUUGAUCCUGUCUGUCCCUGCCCCUGUCUAUGCGAUUAUUAUUAUUAAUGGUCACGAGCGCGGAAAACUUUGCAUUGCAAUUUUUCGAGUCAGUUGCCCAGCCGCUCGCCUGACAAACGGCCGCACACACCUGCCAGUGUCCUGGAACGCGCACCGCCAGGAGUCCUCAGCUGCUCCUUCGACUGAAGUCUAAUGAGUGUGACAGCAGCGGAAAUUGAAUAUUGAGUGUAGCCAAGCGGAUGCAACAGGAAAUCACAUUAACCGUAGUCGCAGCAGAAGCAGCAGUAGCAUCAGCAGCAUCAGCAUCAGCAGCAUCCUUUUGUCAUUAUCCCUGCGGCUGCAAAAGGUAUAGGAAGGAAGAGCUAAAACGGAAGUCUUAGACGUAAUGCCUUACGACUUACUGGCUGCCUAGCAUGGGCUGCUCCAGUUCCAAGUCCGACCCAACGAUAGACGACACUAAAGGCCCCGUGUCGGCCAAGUCGAACAGAAUGGCCAGCAAUAAGGAAUACCCUGCCUCGGAGGCCUUUACCAUUCCGCUUGACACAGAACAGCAGCCGGAGAUGCCUCUCAACGAGACCUUGAGACAGCCACCCAAGCGCAUUCAGCAGCUAAUGCAGGAGGCGGCCCACUCGGAGCCGCCCACGCUCGAGGAGCUGGAGGACAAGCAGCAGAAGGCGGAGCAGAGGCGCCAGGAGUUGAUGCAACAGAAGCUGGAAGCCAUCCAAAAGAAUGUUCAGAUACUGAUGCGAGGACACAGCGAUGGAGACGGCCAUGGAGAGGAGAGGAAUACAAAGUAAAACCCGAAUAUUUCCAACCAGCACUCUGCUUAGGAAAGGAAAGAUUUUGUCAGCCUGCUUUUCAUUCACAUGUUUUAUUGUUAGCUUUAAUGCAUAUAUGUAUUACUAUAUAUCAUAGUGUAUUUCCAAACAAUUAGAUUGUAUGCAAUUAAA